AUGCCAGUAACACUCUCAAUCGUCAACCACGCUGCUACAGCUUGGAAAGGACCUCGGGUCGAAAGGCUCGAAGACUUCAUGGAACAAGCAUCACCUACCGACUACCGUCGUUGCAAACGCAUCAUUCAGACCUCCCUCGACACCGACCUCCUUCAAAAAAACCACAUAACCCCCUCUGAAAAUGGCUUCGUAUAUUCUGCCUGCCAUGCAUACAGCCAACAUCACCACCUGACCAUUCGCCCCGAAGACGUCUGGUUCGCUAUCCUGACUCAGAUUAGCUUUUUCAUCAAUGCCAACGCUGAGGAUCUGCGUUCCUUCUUCGUCGAACAUGAUGGUCAGAAGGAGCUUCGGAUUAAGAUGGUCGGGACUCUGGAGACUGUCGACUUUGGUGAUUUCGCUCAAUUAAUGACGCGUCUUAUUACAAAACAUGUCAAAGACUCAGAACUGGGCGAUUGGGUCAUGCCCAGCUUUUCGACUACAACUGAUACCGAUCGCGUGGUUGCCUCUGUUCUUUUCAUGGGUGCGAUGCAAAAGUACUUUACAUAUUUCUGUGACAUCCAUUGCGGCAUUCCGUCUGUUACACUCCUGGGGGAGGUUUCGGAUUGGCAGACCAUUCUUAACAAGCUUCCUAUGUUAGAAAGACUUGGGGAUGAACCUACUCAAUUUGUUGAGAUGCUGAGGCCUAUCUUGAACAACAUGAUUCGGUCCUUUCAAGAACCCGAGGAUGCAGAAGUCGUUCGGUUCUGGAAUACCAUUGCAACACAUAAUGUCAUGGGAAGCGGCACUGAUUACUAUACCGGGUGGAUAACUGCCUUUUGCUUCUGGGACACAAAGGGAAAGGCCAAAUACCGGUCUUCAAGAAACAACGUUAGCGGCGUGAGCUACCCUACCGUCCCUGUCGACGAGAUACCCGUUGGUUUUGCCCGUGUGCCGGUCAAGAUUGAUAACCAUGGCAAGAUAAUCAGCAGUAACAUGGUUGCUGGCUCGUUUGGCAUACAGGCGAUGACAAUUAACCAAGAAACAGCGACAAGGGGCAUGUUUUCGACCGACAGUCUCCCGGCGAUGCAAACCAACGACGUCCCCGGCUCUCAACAAGGAGAAUCUGAGGUCUCGACUUCUGAUUCAGAGCUAACUAGAAUUCAGCCUUUUUCUGGAUGGGUGAUAUAUGAAAGUCAAGCUGAACAGCCAACGAACGCUCGGAAGGAGAGGGGAUGCUUCGCGCCCCCUGUUCGUCCAAGAGAGCGCAUUGCAAGGGUGAAGGCGGAAGUCUCCGAGCAAACAAUUUCUCCGACUGGCCUGUCAACCCAACCGCUGAGAUCAAGACGGAAAAUUAAUAUGGACAAAUUUAACCUUGACGAGGAUGAGGACGAGUUUGACUUUGACGAAGAGAUAGCUGUUUAA